GUAACAGAUCCCUAAUGCACAGAAUGAUAUAAAAAGCGGUAUUAUGCGAGCAUCAGAACCUGUAUUAGAGGAUCUUUUGAUAGGAUUAAGUCAAUUUGCACCGUCAUUUGUUUUAAGCAAAGAAAAAAUAACAGUUUUAACUGAACCAAAAGAGUUCUUUUAUACACUAAAAGACAAGAUUUUGAAUGCUAAAAGAAGAGUAUUCUUAUCUACAUUAUAUAUAGGAAAAUCGGAGUAUGAGCUUUAUACUGUUUUACACAAAGCUCUUUCAUUAAAUAUGGAUUUAAAGGUAUCGAUAUUAAUGGAUGCAUUACGGGGAACGCGUGAAGCACCUAAUCCUACGGGUGCAUCACUUUUAGUUCCAUUGAUAUCAUUAUUUGGGAAGCAUCGAGUUGAUAUUUGUAUGUAUCAUACGCCUAAUUUUUCAGGGCUAAAGAAGAUGCUUCCGUCAAGAAUUAAUGAAUGCUGGGGGGUCCAGCAUAUGAAAAUAUAUGGAUUUGAUGAUGAAGUGAUAUUAUCAGGAGCAAAUUUAUCAUAUGAAUAUUUUACGAAUCGUCAAGAUCGUUAUCAUCUUUUUUCGUCUGCUCAAUUAACAGAUUUUUAUGCAAGUAUUCAUCAAUUUAUAUCAUCGAUAUCGUACAAAGUGGUUCCUAGCGAUUCGCCAGAAAAAGUGGCAUUAGUAUGGUUAAAAGACACCAAUUGCCCGGAACCGAGCAAAGAUCCUGAGCGUUUUAGAAGGCAUUCUACAUCUGCUUUAUUAAAAUUAUUAAAACCGACACCUAUAAAUACAAAUGAAGUGUUUUCUACAAUAGUAUAUCCUUUAUUUCAAUUUUCGCCUAUUUUUAAACCUUAUGAUUUUUCGACAGAGAAGAAAGGGAUUUGUUUAACCCUGGAUACUUUUCUUUCUAAUCAAUCUAAUGAUUAUGAUUGGAUUUUCACAUCUGGUUACUUUAAUACACAUAAGGAUUAUUCGAAACGAUUAUUAACAUCUAGUUCCAAGGGUUGUGUUAUCGUUUCGUCACAACAGGCAAAUUCAUUUUAUAAUUCAGCCUGGCCUUCGAAAAUGAUUCCCUCAGCAUAUUCAUUUCUGGCUGAACGUUUCCUUUUAAGUGUUUAUAAGGCUAAUAAACAAAAUAAUAUUCAUUUGGAAGAAUGGAAGAAUGGACGUUAUGGUGAAGGAGGAUGGACCUAUCAUGCUAAAGGAUUAUGGAUAAUGCCUUCAUCUGAAAACAAAACGGAAGGACGUAAACCAUAUAUAACUUUUGUUGGAUCAUCGAAUUUUAGUCGUAGAUCACAUUCGUUAGAUCUUGAAGCAAGUGCUCUUAUUAUUACUUUUGAUACAGAAUUGCAAAAAAGUUUAAGAGGUGAAAUUGAUAAUUUUCGUACUCAUUCUAAAAAAAUUGAUUUGAACGAUUUUUCAUCUCCAGAUAGAAAAACAGGAUGGUUCGUUAAAUUAUGUGUUUGGAUAUUAGGGAAAAUGUUUUAAUAUUUUUAAAUUAUAUAUGUCAAUGGUUUAUAUAUUUGUACAAUCG